AUGUUCCUCUCGAGGGCCCUUGCGGCCACUCUGGCAGCUGUAGCGCUCCUCACUCAGUCUGGCACUGCACACUCAACGGAUAGACAACCGCUACGAUAUGUCAGCAGAUUAGAGGAGCCCGUCAUCCAUACGGAUGCCAAUUCGAGACGGGUACAUGCCUUCUCAUCCUUUGAGCUGUCCUUCCUCAUUCACAAUGGGCGACAAAAAGUAAGGCUUUCGCUUGCCCCGAAUCACGACAUCAUUUCCAAGGAUGCUGUGGUACAAAUCAUGGGCCCGGACGGCAAGGUGCGCGCGAUAGAACCUCUUGAUCGCAUGGAGCACAAAAUAUAUCAGGGCCAAGCCUUUGUCUUGCGACAAGGCCGCAACGACUGGGAGAACGUCGGCUGGGCCAGGGUCAACAUACGGAGGGAUGGUGUUCAUCCCAUAUUCGAAGGCGCUUUCAGGAUCGAUGGUGAUGAUCACCAUAUACAGACCGACGAAACCUACCGAAAGACGAAGCAGCGCGCCGAUCCGGAUAUUGAGUGGUCACCCGAGGAGUACAUGGUCGUCUGGAGGGACUCGGAUAUCGGAGAUGGCCCCCACGUACACGAUGGAGGCUAUGGGCCUAGCCAAGGCGAACUGAGGAAGCGGGAUCUGUCUGCCAGGUCACCGCUCUGCUCUUCCGAUGGUCUUGACUUCAACGCGGACGAUGCGCAUCCGAUAUAUCGCGGACUUGACACGAGAGAUCUGGACUCUGGCAUGAGCGUCAACGGGCUGCCUGGGGGUCUGGUGCGCCGUCAGGAUCAGACGCAGAUGGGAAACGGUGCGGGUGUCAACCUGGCCUCGACCGUUGGCUCUACCGCCGGCUGCCCAACGACCAGGAAGGUUGCUCUACUCGGCGUUGCGACUGAUUGUACUUAUGGCAAGCAGUUCAACUCGUCCAUGGCAAUCCGGCAAAACAUUAUUGCACAAAUCAACACGGCAUCGCAAGUGUACGAGAGCAGCUUCAACAUCUCCCUAGGCAUACAAAAUCUUACAAUCAGCGACACCAACUGUCCGGCUCAGGCCACGGAGCAGGCCCCUUGGAAUGUGGAUUGCGGCAACGGGGUUACCAUUACUGAUAGGCUGAAUCUAUUCUCGGCUUGGAGGGGUAAUUUUAAGGAUCGGAACGCCUUCUGGACCCUUUUGACAACAUGCAACACUGAUGCAGCCGUUGGCCUGGCCUGGCUGGGCCAGCUCUGCGUUGAGGGCUCGCUCAAGCCAGGUAGCGGAAACACCAACGAAACGAUUGCAGGUGCCAAUGUUGUCGUGAAGACGUCGCAGGAGUGGCAGGUCAUUGCCCACGAGAUCGGGCACACCUUCGGUGCUGUUCAUGACUGCCAGGCUGGUACAUGUACUGACGGCACGGUGACAAAGCAACAGUGCUGCCCCCUGAGUGGUAGCUCGUGCGAUGCCAAGGGCCAGUUCAUUAUGAACCCGUCAACGGGGAGCAAGAUAACCAACUUCUCACCCUGCACCAUCGGUAACAUUUGCUCCGCCAUUGGCCGCAACAGUGUCCGAUCAAGCUGCUUGACUAGCAACAGAGACGUCAAGACGAUUACGGGAAGUCAAUGCGGCAACGGCAUCGUCGAGGCUGGCGAGGAAUGUGACUGCGGAGGUUCAGAUGGCUGCAAGGGCAACCCAUGCUGCGACGCCAAAACUUGCAAAUUCACCUCGGGAUCGACCUGCGACUUUGCCAACGAGGAGUGCUGUGACCGCCAGUGCAAGUUUGCCAGUGCGGGCACCGUAUGCCGUGCCAGCAUUGGAUCUUGCGAUCCUGCCGAGACAUGCAGCGGUACCUCGGGUGUAUGCCCGGCCAACGCUUUCGCUCCAAAUGGUCAGGCUUGUGGAGAGGCAGGCCAGAACCUAGCCUGUGCCUCGGGCCAGUGUACAUCACGCAACCAACAGUGCAAGACGCUCAUGGGAUCACUCACCACAGGCAACGAUACUUAUGCAUGCAGUAACACGGGAUGUCAGCUCAGCUGCGCGUCUCCAGAAUUUGGCAAAGAUACCUGCUUCACAAUGAUGCAGAACUUUCUCGAUGGCACUUCCUGCCAAGGCGGCGGAAAGUGCAUCAACGGAGCUUGCACGGGUUCCUCCUUUGCUGGCGAGGUCGGCACGUGGCUGACCGACAACAAAAACAUCGUUCUUCCUGUGGCCUGUGCUGUCGGAGGGUUGGUGCUUUUGGCACUACUGUGCUGUUGCUGGACGGCUUUUGCUCGCAGAAAGUCGAGGCGCCUCCGUAAGCAAAAGAAGAAGGCGGCAGCGGCUGCACUAGCAGCGAAGGCCUCUUCGUCCCAAAGGAAGCAAUCCAUGGUCUCGGUCGACGAGGUGCCCCCACCUGGAUGGCAACCACAAGGGGGUGCUUAUGCGCAGAACCAGCGCACCAUGAACGGCAAUCUACAAGCACCCCCCGCUGCUGCCACCCGAGAUAACAGCCGAAACCCGUAUAACAAUGGGCAAUGGCAACCGCCUCAACGGCAGUAUACUAGCCCUAGGUAUGCCUAG